UCACAAAAACAUCAUUGCUAGGGUUACUGUAUUUAUGCGCUAUUUUGAUCGGUUUUCCAGAAAAAUCGACGGGAAGUGACCCCCUACCAACAACACCCCCCGCCCCAACAGUAUCCCCAUAUGGAAAUGAGACCCUUCCAACACUGUUCCCACCGCUGGUAUUUCCGAACUUCACCGUACCAACGCUGAACCCAAUGGCGCCAGUACCACCACCCACAUUUGGUCCAAUUCCUGGCCUUGGAAAUUUCACCCUACCUACACUUGGCACGCUGCCAGGCUUCGGGAACUUUACCCUUCCAACUUUUGCCCCACUGAACCUUAGUUUCCCGGGGCUUCCAACAAUGGCUCCGCUGAAUCUGAGUCUGCCAAAUUUCAUGAAUUUCACACUUCCAACCAUGCCAACAUUUGCUCCCCUGGUGCUAGGCGAUCUAUCCAACUUCACGCUACCUACCCUUGCUCCGUUCAAUCUAAGCCACCUGGGACUUGGCACCAUGCCAACUUUUGCACCACUGAACCUGAGCUUCCCAGGGCUUCCUACGAUGGCUCCACUAAACCUGAGCCAUUUAGGUCUUGGCACGAUGCCAACUUUUGCUCCACUGAAUCUCAGUCUCCCCGAGCUCCCCAGCCUUCCUACAAUGGCCCCGUUGAACCUGAGCCACCUGGGACUUGGCACCAUGCCAACUUUUGCUCCACUGAACCUAAGCCUACCCGCACUGCCUACCAUGUCCCCAAUGAACCUAACCAUCCUAGGACUCCCGACGAUGGCUCCAGUGAAUCUCACCGGGCUCCCCACAUUGCUUCCGAUCACCAAUCCGCCAUCAAUGGGCACUACAACCAAGCCACCUGCGGCCCCCAGUACUGCCUGCGGAUCCGCUACAUGUACCUCUACGCAGGUCUGCGCGUCGCCACUAAACUCGACACAGACCUGCAUCCCACGGCUCCCGGAUCGCCGUUACUGUAUUGAUGAGCCGUGUCAAGUGGGCAUGAAGUGCUUUGAUAACGUCACUAGCAACGCCUACACUUGUUAUACCAAACUGGACGGCACCGCCGGUGAAUGCCUUGGCAUCAAGUGCUCACCCGGAGACAUUUGCUUCCAAACUAUGGGAAAACCUGCCCAAUGCAUACAGCUUAAGCAAGCCCCAAAAUGCGUGGGCGCCAACGAGGAGUUCUCGGCGUGCAAGUCGGGCUGUGAGGGUACCUGUGAAGAACCGUCCCCGCCGUGCAUGAACUCGACCACCUGCACGUCAGGAUGUGCCUGCAUACGUGGUUAUGUGAGGAUCAAUGGGGUCUGUGAGCUCAUGUCAAAGUGCCCGGUUACUGUAACGGAAGGUGUUUCGUGUGCUGGCGCUGAAGUCUACACGGCGUGUAUGCCAGAGUGUGAGAAAACGUGCUCAGGGGUGCCGAAUCAGACAUCCCACCAAUGGGAUGCUCUUCUAUGCUCUGCGCCAACGGAACAACAUGCCGAGAAGACAGGGUGAAAUGUGACAAGCGUCCUUGCCCAAUACGAGCACUAUGCCUGCCGAACUUUCAACCAAAUGGAAAACCGAGCUUUUGCGAAGUGGCCGGCUGUGGUGCCGGGGAGAUUUGCCAUGAAACUAUAGAAAUAUGCGGGGAACCUCCUUGCAGAUCUAUGGCCACCUGCCUGCCGACAACCAACCACACCGUCAAUAUAACUGACAUCGGAUGCUCUAACGCUACUUGUCCAGUUGGGAAAAAGUGCGAAGAAGUCACAGUGGCGUGCUUCAGUCCUCCAUGCCUGAAAUCUGUAAGAUGUGUUGGAGAAAACUGGAUUCAGGAGGUGAAUUUCGACUGUGACGCGAUGCGAUGUGGGCCUGAUGAGGGAUGUAUGCAGAGUGUGGAAAUUUGUGAGAGGCCUCCGUGCCCAACAAAAUCAUGGUGCAUCGUCCAAACAAAUGUGGACACUUUUACAAAAUGUCCUAAAAACCAAACUAUGACGGAUUGCCUCAACCCAUGCAGUGAAGAUAAGUGCCCAGGAAUUUUAAAGAAAACCGAAUGCACAAAUCGCUGCGGCCAGGGAUGUGCUUGUGCCUACGGCUACCUCCGAUCCAGCGACGGCGAGUGCUACAAGCCCAAGGAUUGUCCACCAGAGUGCGGUCAAAACGAGGAGUACCGGUGUGAAAAGUGCGCGGGAACCUGUAAAAACCCGGAGCCCAACUGCCCCGGACCAAAGAACAAGAGCUGUAAGAGGGCUUGCAUUUGUGCACCGGGCUUUGUAAAGGAGAAUGGAAAAUGUGUGACGCUGGAUAGCUGCCCGGAUCAUGAUCAUACAAACAUCACGUGUCUGGAAACCCAAGAGUACACGGAUUGCCUCCCAAAAUGCCAAAAACAGUGCUCGGGGGCUCCAAAAUGUGAAGCUGGCUCAGCAUGCACCCCGGGAUGCUUUUGUAGGUCGAAUUACAAGCUGGACAGCAAUGGUGACUGUGUUCACAAGCGGAAAUGCUCCGAAACCACCAAAUGUCCGGGCAGCGAGAAAUGGUCCAAUUGCAUUGGGAACGCAAACUUAUGCGAUUUGACUGCAUUUUCUAGGCUUUCAGACAAAUUCAAUUGUCGUUCAGGGUGUAUAUGCGCUGAUGGAUUGGCAAGGGACAAAAAUGGGACAUGUGUGGCUACUGAUAAAUGCUGAUAUAUGAAGUAUCGUGUGAAGAAAAUCAAUAAAAAUUUUUUGAUAAA